AUGAAGUUCACCGGUGUCAUUGCUGCUGCCCUCACCCUGGGCUCUGCCUUCGCGGCCCCCGUCGUCCAGAAGAAGGACAGCCCUCUCGAGACCAUCACCAGCCUCAUCGCCGGCCUCAAGACCGACGUUGCUUCCGAGCUGGCUUCCAUCCCCAUUGUCGGUGAUGUCGAGGCUGCUGCCAUCCCCGUUGUUCAGGCUGCUCUUGCCGGUGUCCUGAGCAAGGUUCAGGGUGUCGCUGCCGAUGUCACUCCCCUCGUCUUCGGCCUUGCUGUCCCCACUGUCGAGGCUGAGGCCCAGAGCGUCCUGGCUGUUGUCGGUGACCUCAAGGAGACCGUCACCGGUAUCCAGACCACCGUCAAGGGAUUCGUUGGUGUGGCUACUUCCGAUGUCGUCAGCACCCUGAAGCCUGAGAUCCAGUCCGUCUUGACUGCCGUCGGCACCAUCGCCAGCCCCGUCACCUCUCUUGCCUUCAGCGUCAUCAACACCCUGCCCGCCGGCAGCCUGGUCACCUCUGAGCUGACCACCCUCGUCGGUGACCUCCAGGGCGUCGUCAACGGCCUCUUGGCCCCCGUUGACAGCAUCCUGUCCAUCCUGUAA